CCUGUCACGUGUCCCAGAAGCUGUCAAAUUCAGGUACCCGCUCCCCCUCUCUGCUCCCCAAAGGUCCGCAGUCUCUGGUCAUCUCCUGUAGUAUGUCUGCAGUCUCUGGUCAUCUCCUAUACUGUGUCCGCAGUCUCUGGGCAUCUCCUGUACCUUGUCCACAGUCUCUGGGCAUCUCCUGUACUAUGUCCACAGUCUCUGGGCAUCUCCUGUACUAUGUCCACAGUCUCUGGGCAUCUCCUGUACUAUGUCCACAGUCUCUGGGCAUCUCCUGUACUGUGUCCGCAGUCUCUGGUCAUCUCCUGUAGUAUGUCCGCAGUCUCUGGUCAUCUCCUGUACUGUGUCCGCAGUCUCUGGGCAUCUCCUGUACUAUGUCCGCAGUCUCUGGGCAUCUCCUGUACUAUGUCCGCAGUCUCUGGUCAUCUCUUGUACUGUGUCCGCAGU